UACACUUCACAAUAGAAGAAGAAAAUGUAGAAGGUUCUCUGCCAAUGCUAGAUGUAAAGAUGACCAAAGACAAAGAACGGAUUAAAACCACAGUGUACAGGAAAGCCACGAACACAGAUCACUACUUACAGUGGUCGUCUCAUCAUCCAACCUCGCAAAAACUUAGUGUACCAGCUUCACUUUUCCACCGAUGUGAGACCGUGAUAUCCGAUACAGAAGACAAACAAACAGAAAGGAAGAAGAUUGAAAAAGACCUGUUAGCAUGUGGAUAUCCAAAAUGGGCACUAAAACAAGGGGAAAAAAGAGGCAAGAACAGACAUGACAAAGAAAAGGAUGCAAUGGGCCUCAUUGAGGGUGCAAAGCAAAGUAUAGUGUUACCAUACUGCCAAGGUCUGUCAGAAAAACUAAGCCGGGUUUAUAAAAAAUAUAACAUCAAACUCCACCAUAAGCCAGGUUGGACGCUGAGACAAGCACUAGUGAAGCCCAAGGAUCCUCUAACCCAAGGAGAGCAAUGUGGUGUGAUAUAUUCAGUCAAAUGUGGAACCUGCCAAGGAGAAUACAUUGGCGAGACAGGAAGACCAUUAGCCACAAGAAUGAAAGAACACAAAGACUCAGUGGCCAAAAACAACUGGAAAUCAGCCCUUGGAGAACAUACCUGCAAACAUCCAGGUCACCACAUAGACUUUGACAGCCUGAAAGUGAUAGACAGGGAAAACUGGACAUUCCAAAGAAAAAUAGCAGAAGCUGUACACAUCAGGACCAAACAACCAGACCUGAACAGACAGGGGGGGUAUGAUUUACCAGCUAUCUACCUCACGGUGCUCCAGAGGGAUGCAGAGGAGCCCCGGGGGGAGGAAGUAACAGUUACAACACAAGGCCAGUGA